AUGCUUUUGAACCCUUUGUUGAUCUUGGCAGCUGCUAUCAUUCCCUUUUCUGAUUCCCGAGCGAUCCCCGGCUCAGGAGUUCCUGGCUUCAAGCUUGUUUAUAAGAACCUUGGAACUCUGCCCAAUACCAGUAAUACGAUCCAGCCGACGAGCUACGAUACCCUACCCAGCACCUCAUCUACCUGUGCUUCAAUGUGCGCAUCAAUUGUCUCUUGCAGAUUUUUUGUAAUAUAUGCUCCUUUCGAUGGGGCAGAUCGGAGUCGCAAAGUUUGCCAAUACUAUUCAGAAGCCGAUCCUUAUCAAAACAGCGAUGGGACCCAGUUCACCCACCAAGUAAGGGAACUCUGUGGGUACCAAAAACAAGACCCUAGCUUCGUGGGAAACACAACGAUUCAUGGCGCCAAAAAUGCCAAACGGGAGCAGAUCGAGGAAGUUGAUGGAAGGGUGCCUUGUGCACCAGAAGUCCCUGCUCCGCCAACCAAUAAUUGCACGAAUGCGGCAUAUGUCUCUAAACGACGAGACACAACCGGCCCUAUUCAAUAUCAACCAAUUGGACUCAAAUAUUAA